UGCCUGCCGGCUGAGCUCUAGAAUUUUGAUAUCCUAUUUUUCUUUGAAGCAAAUUCAUUAACGAUUGUCGUAAUUAUUUUGAGGGCUCAUUCCUGUCAAGUAUCAAUUCCUGCCUUUUAACUUCGCACACCUGAAAAAAAAUGUCUCUGUGGGUUGACAAGCAUUGCCCGAAGUCCCUGCAAAAGCUGGAUUAUCAUGAAGAACAAGCUCUCCAAUUAAAACAUUUGGUUCAGCAAGGUGACUUUCCGCAUCUGCUUGUUUAUGGGCCCUCCGGAGCUGGGAAAAAGACUCGAGUGAUGUGUCUUCUCAGAGAGUUGUAUGGGUCCGGCACUGAACGUUUGAGGAUCGAGAAAAUGGAAUUUCAGACAGCAUCCAAAAAAAGACUAGACAUCACAACCAUCAGCAGUAAUUAUCACAUCGAGGUGAACCCCAGUGAUGUUGGGAUCCACGAUCGAAUUGUCGUGCAGGAGCUCAUCAAAACCGCGGCUCAGGCGCAGCAAUUUGACGUCAACGGCCAACGCUCAUUCAAAGUCAUUGUUAUCACUGAGGUUGACAAUUUGAGUAAAAGCGCACAGCACGCAUUGCGUCGUACGAUGGAGAAAUAUGUUUCCACCUGUCGACUUGUCCUUAUUGCAAACAGCACUGCCCGUGUCAUCCCUGCCAUCAGGAGCAGAUGCUUGGGCAUCAGGGUGGCUGCCCCAACAAAUGAGCAAAUUUGCUCCACUCUCCAGAACAUUUGUCGCAAAGAGGGUCUAAACUUGCCUCUAGAACUAGCAAAGCGGAUUGCGAUUGCCAGUGGACGCAACCUACGUCGAGCAAUUCUCAUGACUGAAGCUUGCAAAACAAAACAGUAUCCCUUCGAAGGCAGUCAACAGGUGGUUGUGCCCGACUGGGAGACGUACAUCGUCAAAACGGCACACAUGGUGGUGCAAGAGCAGAGCCCGCAGUGCCUACAUAAAAUCAGGGAAAGGGUGUACGAGUUGCUCAUCCAUGGAAUUCCUGCCGAGUACAUCUUUAGAGGCCUCUUGAAAAACCUGGUGAAGAACUGUGACGGCCAACUUAAGGCCCAAGUGACCCAGUAUGCUGCUGACUACGAGGAGCAGCUGCACAAAGGCUCAAAGGCCAUCUUCCACAUUGAAGCAUUCCUCGCCAAAUUCAUGGUUCUCUACAAGACCUUCAUGGAAGAAUCGCUCCAAGGUCUGCAUUAGGAUUUUCAUCGCCGUCUUCAUUGACAUCCAAUAAUUUUGAAAAGAACUUGACGCUCGUUGUAUGUUUAAGGUAAGACCAUUAUUAGGUUAUAUUUAUUAAUAAGAGAUUCGGUGAAUUGCAUUAACAUUUAA